AUGCGGAAAAUUUAGCAGGAUGAAAAUGAUGAUAUGUUUGUGAUCUCAAAGAACCAAAAAAAGAAAUCAACCAAGAAAGAGACUAAAAAACCAGGUAAACUUAAGAGAUUAGAUGAUGAAUAUCAACCUGAACAAGAGAAGGAAUCAUCAGAAUCUGAAUUACAACCAAGCUCAGAUGAUGACAAAUUUAAUAAGAAAAAACCUCGUUAAUCUAAAUCCAUUACUGUUAAAAAGGGGAAUACAAAAAGCAAAAAAAAGGGGAAAUAAAAUGAGUAAGUGGAAGAAGAAGACAACAACAAUCACGAACCGGUUGAAUAGCCAUUAAUAACCAAAGAUGCUGAAGAAUUCUUUAGGACAGCAGAACUUUUGUUGCCAUCCUUUGUCCAACCUGAUUUCAUUAGAGAUGCUGAAGGCAGAAGACCAAAUGAUCCUAAUUAUGAUCCAUCCACAUUAGACAUCCCAAUUGCCUAAUAUUAAAAGUUAUCACCUAUGUUCAGACAAUAUUGGAAUGCCAAAAAGGCACAUUAUGAUUCUUUAGUAUUUUUUAGAUGUGGUAGAUGGAUCAAUGUAAUGUAUAAUGAUGCUAUCAUCAUUGCCAGAAUGUUCAAUCGUUACUUAGGCUUUUGGGGAAAGGAUCGACCUUGUUUGACUGUGUAUGAUAGUCAAUUACCCAUAUAUCAAAGAACAUUAUUAGAAAAGGGACAUAAAAUUAUGUUGGUUGAGUAAUUAGAAAAAGCAGAUGUGGCGAACAAAGAAGAAGGAGAAGUAGUCAAAAGAGAAAUUACAUAAUUAAUUAGCAGAGGCACAUUGCAAGAUUUAAGUGACAUGGAUUCAUAUGAAUCAAGAAAUCUCUUGGUUUUAGUUUGUUCGAGUGCUCCUGUCAAUCUCAAAGGCCAUAAAUAUAGUUAUGGAGUCUCCAUUGUAGAUUGUACAACUAAUAAUUUUUAUCUUGAUCAAUUCUUUGAUGAUGAACAAUCCAAUCAAUUGAGAUCUAUCAUUUAUAAAACAAAGCCUGUAGAAGUGAUCCUCUCUAAGGCAACUCCAGAAAUUGAAAAAAUGAUGAAGACUAUUUGCAAUCCAAUCAUUAUAUCCUCCAAGAAAGAAUUUAAAGACUGCGAAUACAUUUUCGAAUAGCUUAAAGUUGAAUAUUUAGAGAAGAAGAAGACUCAAGGCAAAAAGACAAAGUUGUCAACAAAUAGCAGUUUUGAGGGCAUCGUUCUGCCGUCUGACAAAAUUGAACCAGAACAUCAUAUUGAAACCAACAUCAAUCAAGGUCUUUACAAAGGUCAACCGGAUGACAUCAUAAUGGAAGAGAGUCAUUAAGAAGGGGACUAUGUCUUGAGUGAUGAGUACCCUUCCUUAUUGGUAGAAUUGGAGAAACAAUAUUAUUUUGAAAAGAAACUUGCUUAAGAUGAGGAUGAAUCUACUUACUAUUCUUAUUAUUUUACACUUCAAUCCUUUUAUAUCAAAUUGUGCUACAUGAGAUAAUUGCUAAUCCACACUUCUGUUUAUAGAAGAGGAAAGUUCCAGUUCCUCGAUUCAAACUUCAAUCAAAAAUUAAAUUUAUAUCUCGAUUCUCAAGCUCUAGAAAGUUUGGAGAUUUUUGAUGUCAAUCUUCAAACCAAGGUUUCUUCUAAGGGAAGUCUUUUCGAAUACUUAAAUAAAUGUGUCACUCCUUUUGGAAAGAGAUUAUUGACUAAAUGGGUUUAGAGUCCUCUUUUGAAUCACAAACAUAUCAGAGAGAGACAGGAUUGCAUUAGAGAUCUUAUGGAUUUUAUUGAGCCCUGUGAUGAAUUUCAAAGAAGAAUUAGAUCCAUUCCAGAUCUGGAAAGAAACAUAAUUAGAUGUUUUAAUACCAUCCAUUCACAUAAACUCAAGGCUGUUCCUAUUUCUGGAGGAGAAAGUUUUGGAAAGGUUAAGUUGAAAGAAAUUACUCAAGUGAUUAAACAUAUCAAAGCUGCUUCAGAGACAUUCAAAGUCUUUGAAAAUUAUUUACAUAACUUCAAAUCAAACAAGCUUAAGAAAAUUUUAAGUUAUAAAGAAAAUAUAACCAUUCUGAAUACUGCACUAAAGGAAUUGGAAAAAUGCAUUUAGAUCCAAGAUGGAGAACCAUAACCAGUCAAGGGAGUCUCUCCAGAAUAUGACUAAGCAUUUGAUAAAAUGACUGACAUAAUAGAUUCCUUGGAAUAAGAAUUGAAGAAAUGGCAAACCAAGUUGAAAUGUCCUUAAAUUUCAUAUCAUCAUGGGAAAAUUCGAUAUUAAAUUGAAAUUCCUGAUUAAUGUCUGGAAUCCAAUUAAAAACCGAAGGAAUUAGUAAUUACAUCAAAGAAGAAGGGGUUUCAAAGAUUUUAGACUGACUUUAUUGAAUAAUAGAUUUUUCAUUUAAAAGUUGUUGAGGAUGAGUUAUCUCAAAAAUUGAUACCCUUCAUUAAUGACUACUUCACCAAAUUCUAUUCUUAUAGAAAAGAGUUCUUGCAACUUAUUUCAUUACUCUCAGAAGCAGAUUGCUUGAUUUCUUUGGCUUUAGUGUCAAGACAAUAUAAAUUUAAUACAUUUCCCCAAAUCCUUGACGUUUCAGCAGACGAAGACGAAGAUCAGGAAUUUGUCCUUUAAGAAGCAUAUCAUCCUUGUUUAUUGUAAAAUCGAGAUAUUGAUUGGGUACCUAACACAAUAAAAUUUGUCAAUUCUGUUGAUACCCUCUUAUUGACAGGUCCUAAUAUGAGUGGAAAGUCGACUCUCCUCAGAUUGAUUGGGAUCUAAAUCAUAUUGGCUUAAAUUGGAUGUGCAGUACCUGCGAAGUCAUUCAAAUUAGUUCCUUUUGAUCGUAUCUUUUGUCGAUUAGGUGCAUCUGAUAGAAUGUUGGAAGGCAAAUCAACUUUCUUCAUUGAACUUGAAGAGACGAAGACCAUUUUAGAACAUUGCACUUCUAGAAGCUUAGUGAUAAUGGAUGAAUUAGGUAGAGGAACCUCAACAUAUGAUGGAGUAGCAUUGGCCUCUGCUGUUCUGAGAUAUUUAUCUUAAAAGAUUAAACCUAAGACAAUUUUUGCUACUCAUUAUCACAUUCUGUUGGAUGAGUUUGCUUUAUUCAAGAACAUUCAAUAAUGUGUGAUGAAGCAUUAUCAGGAAAUGGAUAAAGUGGUCUUUGAAUAUAAACUAAUAAAUGGAGUAGCAGAGAAGAGCUUUGCUACAAAUGUAGCUAAGAUUGCAGGCAUUCCAAGUGAUGUCAUUAAGAAUGCUAAAAAGAUGGAAGAGAAAAUAACAAAGGAAGAAUCAAAAAUAAAUAGAAAUAGAGAAAUCUUAAAAAAAUUCAAUUAAAUUAUUUAAUAGGUGUUAUGA